AUGGUUCUUGACAUCGACGUUGACGACUACGAUGUUUUCAUUAAGUAUAUAGGAGGUCUUGCAAACUACAUACGGAAAGAACUAAAAUUGUUCACCGUAGAUACUAUUGAAGAAGUUACUGUGAAGGCCAUCACCAUUGAGGCGAAAAAUAAAAGAACUGACAAGAAGGAUGACAGAUCAAAACCUGUCAACAAAACUGAGUGGUAG